GUCUCACGCAUUGGGGGCGCAGCUAAGUGUUCAGGCCUUAACUAGUUUCUGUUCCUUUAUGGUGUAACGCACUUAAUCUUAAUAACAAUGUGUUAAGACCUUUAAUACACUUUAUGUACGCUAUUAUGUGAUUUAUGUGAUGAUUAAAACAUGUAUGCAGGCUGCCAAAUAAUUUGAAUGUGUUAUUGAUACCGUACUCAACUUUAACCGGUUUGGAAGAGCUUAUACUUUACCUUCGAUAGAAGAAAAACUAUUAGUGUUGAGUAGUUGAAUUAUGAUCGAAAAGAGUUCAUGAUUUAAAAUUAAUAUCAUUUGGUAUUUAGUAUUUGAAGGAAAAAAAUUGUUUGUUGCGCUAUUUUUUUAUCAUUAUGGAGAGUUCAGAUCAAGCUAAGUUUAAAAUAAUAGUAGAAGUAUUGUCAGUCGAAGAAAUCGCACAGAUUCCAGAUGAAAUUUGUCAAAAAUUAGAUUUCUUUUUUAACAAAAAAAUUGAGGAAUUUAUAACAGCAAAGGCAAUUUUUGAAACUAAUCGUAAAAAUCUAGAUGAUAAAUUGAAACAAUUAAUAAAAGAUAUUCAGGUUCAAACAAAUGAAUUGAAAAACUAUCAAGAUAAACUAGCUCUUACCGAAAAUUAUACAUCAGAAUUACAAAGUCAACUUGGUGAAAGUCGAGGAGAACUGUUUAAGUUGCAAGAUACUAUUAAAAGACUGGAACAGGAAAAUACUGUUUUAAGGAAAAACAAAGAUGAAUUAAAUGAUGAAAACACGACAUUACAUUCUCAAAUUGAGCGGAAAAUUACAGAACUGGAACGUUUACGAACAGAACUCAAUCUUCUUGGAACACAGUUACAAAGUGCAGUUGCAGCUAAGUGCCAAUCAUUUUCAGAAAUAGAAGAAAUACGCAGUCGAGAGAUGUCAUUAGACUUCAGAGAAAAACGAUUGGAUCAAGAAAGAACUCUAUUUACGCAACAAAUGGCUGGUCUUGAAGAAGAAUUAAUUAAACGAACAGCUGAACUGCAAAAUGCACGAUCAGAAGCGUCUUCUCGUGCGCUUUUGACACAAACUCGAUUGAUUCAGUGUGAAGAAGAAUUAAAAAUCACAAACGAUUCAAUGAUAAAUAUCCGUGAAGUCAAUGCUACGCUGCAGCAUCGGUGUGAGGAGUUAACUCAAAAAUUAGAAGAUCAGCGGAAUCAAGAACUGACAAUGCAUGCUUCUUAUCAAGAAGAAAUUACAGCUCAAACUAGAUUAGCUGAAUUAUAUAAAAGAAUGGCCGAAGAAGCUGAUGCUAAAGCUAACGAGUACGCAAAUGCAGUAAAAGAAUUACAAGAACUUUUAGAACAAGCUACUGAACAAUAUGGAAUAUUAGAAUCCAAACAUAAUCAAAUAAUUGUAGAUCACGAUGAGCAAAUCACUGAAAAAGAAAAUCAAAUCGCAAAAUUAAGAAAUGAACUUGACCUCGCCAAUCAAUUACUGGCAUCAUUAAAGCAAGAUCGCUUAGACCAAGCUGUGGAACAUCUCGCCCCGACUGCUGCCGUUGCUAGUAAAAUAUUAAAAAAAGGAUUAAGUUUGACACAAAUUUAUACUCAAUUAGUAGAUGUAACAAACGAGUUAAGUUUAGCAAAAGAAGAAAAAGAAAAACUGAAAUUUCAGAUGGAAAUAAUUUUAAGGGAGUUAGAAGAAAAGGCUCCGAUACUGCAGCAACAAAGGGAAGAUUACGAAGCCGCCAUAAAUAAUAGCACUACCCUUAGUUUGAGAGUAGACGAACUUUUAAAUGAAAACUGCCGUUUGCAAGAAGACGUUGAUGAAGCAAAACGAUUAAUAAAUCACCACAGUAGAGAAAAUCAGAGAUUCAAAUGUGAAAUAACUGAUUUAGCAAGGCAAGUCUGUUACUUGUUAAAAGAAGUUCAAGAAUGUAGGACUGGCAAUGAGGUUCCAACAGACGAAUUAACUAGCACGGAGAUGGACAGUCUUGCAUCUUCUCAUAUUAUUAGUAAAGAAUUAGUGACCUUCAAAGAUAUCGAAAGUAUGCAAGAGAACAAUCAAAAAUUACUGUCAAUUGUGAGAACGUUAUCUCUCCGACAAGAACAAAUUGAAAAAGCUACAGAUCAAAUAUACUCAGGAGAAAUAAAAGAAAAACUUGACAGAUAUAUUGAACAAUUGUCUGAAAUGCAAGCAGCUCAGGAUAGGCAGUCGAAAAUGCUUGAAGGUCUUUUAAAACAGCGGGAUAUGUACAAAAAUAUGUAUCAACAAUGCAUAAUUAAGAAUGUUCCGAAUUCUGAGAAAAAUAGAACUUUCAACAAUGCAGAAGACAAUGAGAACGAAACUACAUCUUUUAAUGUAAAUGAUGAACAUACUACACAAAAUGAAUCAGAUUAUCAAAAAAAAUUACAAGAGUCUGAAAUAAAGUUUAAUCAAUUAAGCAAUGAUUUUGACUUAUAUAAAAAAGAAAGAGAUGCUCAUGAAACCCUACUUAAUAACGAAAUAGAUAGAUUACGUAAGGAAUCAGAAAAAAAUUCAACUAAUUGUUGUCGAUUAAAAGCUCAAUUAGAUUCCGCAAAUGAUCGUUUUAGUCUUCUGCAAGGAAAUGUUGCAACAUAUAAAUCACAAAUAAAAAUUCUAGAAGAUAAAUGUUCUAAUUACAGUACUACAAUCGGUAAGCAUGAACAAAGUCUAAUGAUAUUAAAGAAUGAAGCUUUGACAGCCCAAAGUCGUUUAUCAAAAGCAGAAGUGCAGUUAGAAAAUUUGCGUCAGGAAAAACAACUUUUGCGUGAUUCAGAAGGACGCCUUUUGAAGGAACGUGAAGUCAUGCAGCGGGAAAGACAUACGCACGCUUUAUUGAAAGCCGAUGUAGAAUCAAUUAAAGCAAGUUUAGAACGGUCACAAGCAGAAGGGCUUUUACGUGCUGAGCAACGGUUAGAUGAUGCUGUUCGCGAAUGUGCUGCAUUGAGAAGGCGUCUCCAAGAAGAACAAGAUCGUUUCCGAGAACUGUCAAGUACUUUAGAGCGGCAAGUAUUUAAAGCGGGAGAAAAAUUGAACGAAGAGAAAGCUCUAACUACACGUAUUCAAAAUGAACUUCAAGCUACUCGACUAUCUGAACAAGAUUGUAUUAAAAGAAUAGAGGAACUGAAUUUGAAGCUAAAAAAUGUUUCUACUCACAAUAUUUCUCAAACACUUACAGGAGACGAUAACACCUGUAAGAAGCUGAAAGAAUUAGAGUUACAGUUAUUUAAUCACCAAGCAGAGGUAAAAUCUUUAACUGAUCAACUUAAAGCCGCUCGUUAUCAAAGUCAACAAUAUUGUGAUAUUGCUGAAAGUGCUGAAACACAGCUUCGGCAUUCUACCGAACUAUUUAAUACAACAAAAGAAGAUUUAAAAAAUAAGGUCAAAUUUGCAGAAGAUGAAGCAGCGUCUUUCAAAAUGAGAGUAAAACAUUUAGAAGAUGAAUUAAGUAGCUUUUCAAGUGGACAUGAAUUAAGCGAUUUAGAACUGAGACAAAGGUUACAAGAAGCAGAAGAAAAACUGAAAGAAUGUGAUCAGUUAAAAUGUGAGCUUGAAAUUACAAGGAAUGACUUAAGAAACGCUACAUUGGCAGCAACUUUGGCUGAAGAUAAGUAUGCAAAAGAAAUGGCCUUACAUUCGACAGACUUGCAAAUGCUAGCUAAAUUGAAAGAAGAAAAUCAUUUAACCGCGCAAAAGUUACAAGAGUUAUCGCAACAAAAUGAUUUAGCUCAGGAAACUUUGAUUCUUGAAAAAUCAAUGUGGCAAGAAAGAGAAAAGCGAUUACAAGAGGAAAUUAAAGAAUUACAAAAUAGACUCGAAAAUUUGGACAAACAAAAUGCUAUUUUGCAUAAUCAGAUUCAAGAAUUAAGCGAACGCAUGGCUAUAAUGCAGAGUCAUCAACAAUCAGUAAACAUCAAUGAUCAAAUAAGUCCGAAUACUAGUAUUGAAUCAAUUAAUAGAAGCUUUUGUGACGAUACUUCAAAAUCUGCUGAACAAUUGUUGCAAGUUAUGAAAUACUUACGUCAGGAAAAGGAUUUGGCUAUCGCGAAGUUCGAUGUUAUUAAAACAGAAAACACAAGGCUUAAAUCUAAAAUUGAAAAUACAGAAAAACGAAUUAAAGAUUUAAAAGAAAUGCUUGCACGUGAACGCGAGGAUACUGACAUUAGUGUAUUAACUGUUUCUAAACAUUCAGAAUUAAUGCGAAAGGUAGAAACACUCAACGCUAUCACAGAUUCUAAUAGGAUUCUUCGUGAAGAGAGGGAUGCCCUAUAUACUAAAAUUAAAGAUGUAACCGAUAAAUUGAGUUCACUAUCCGAUGAAGUUACGCCUUUGCGUGAAAAAGUACGCGAUUUAGAAGCAAAAAAUGAUGCGCUUCUACAAGAAAACAGCAGUCUAAAAUCUGAGGCAAUGAGAUGGCGUCAAAGAGCUAAUGCGCUCGUUGAACGAGCAAAUAAGGCAAGCCCUGAAGACUGGCGAAGACUACAAACAGAAAGAGAAAAUUUAAGUAAGUUAUUAACAUCAGAACGGGAAAUUCAUGCAAAACGUACUGAGGAAUUUAAUAAUUUCAAAAUUGAAAAAAUGCAUCUAGAAGAACAGUUAAACCAUCUUCAACGUCAACUACAAUCCAGGGAAGAGAAAAUCGGCAAAAUGCUAGAUGAUGAAAAAAAAGUAAAACAAAAUCUCAAUGAUUCUAUUGCGGAAUCUAAUGCUAAAGAAAAAAAUCUCAUGGAUUUAAAGAAAGAACUUGCAGACAAAGAUGCGAUGCUUUCUGAUGUUAAAAAUAAGGAAAUUCAAAUAAGAAAAAUUGCUAAAAAAUAUAAAACACAAUAUGAAGAAUUAGCGAGAAACAUUGAGGAAGAGAGAUCUCGUGCUGAUGAUCGCCAAAUUGACAACAGCAAAAUAACAACGGAAGAUGCACCUCAAAUUUCUCAAGAGAAAGAAAAUCAGUUAAAAGAACAAGGUCGUUUAGAACUAAAGCAAGUUAAUUCUCAGUUAAAUUUAAAAGUUGAUGAACUAAGCCAACAAAUAUUGGCCAUGCAAUCUGAAUCUGAGAUUCUGAAGAAGGAAAUUGAAACCAUUAAUAAAGCAAGUCUUGAAAAAGAGGAACGUGCUAAACAAGUACUUAAGGGUGCGCGAACAAAAAUCAUGCAAUUGACAGAACAUAAAAAACAAUGUGAAAAAGAAAUUAGCGAUUUAAAAGAAAAACUGGAUUCAAGUUCAAGUGAAUGUGAAUCUAAUGUAAGCGAGUAUGAGGCCAGACUAGCAGCAUUAAAAUCACAGAUGGAGGGUCGUAUAUCACGACUUGAACAUGAACGUUCAGAACUUCAUGCUGAUAAAGAAGCUCUUGUACAGCGUAUAAGCCAGCUGCAAAGACAGGUAGCAGGUCAAAGUAAUAUUAAUACAGGAGUAAAUGAUCCACCUACAGCUAAUAUUAAGCCCAUGUCAGCUCGUACAGAAACCCCUUUAGCGAGUAUUCGUCCUAUGAGCGUCGUUGUACAAUCCCGUACUGCGGCUGUAUUACCUACAACUGCAGGGACUCCACUACUUUUAGUACCACAACAAUCACAGCAACAACUUGUGCAUACUACAGAAACAAGUUCUCCUACAAGCUCUCACGUUGAUUAUCAACCUGCCAGUACAAGUAGACAUCUUAUAGUCCAACCUCAAUUAAGUGAAUCUGCAGAGUCCACUCAACGCGAGGAAAUUGAAAGUAUUGAACCACAAACUCUGCAACCUCAACAAGUACAGCAGCAACAACAGCAGCAACAACAGCAACAACAACAAACGGUAGCCUUGGUAAUUCCUAGAGUUGAACAGCAGCAACAACAAAAUAUUUCGACCGAUCAACAACAAACAGUUCCAAGUAGUUCAACACAAUCAGUUACUACGUCACAUACUCCAAAUAGUCAAAAACGACCAAGAACACUAGAUUCUCCAGCUUCAGGUUCCAACUGUGAUAAUUUAGACCUUACCAGACAAGAACAAAUUACUAGCCCAAACACAAAAAGAAGUAGACAACAAGAAGUUGCUCCCUCUACUGCCGCGAGUGCUUCAGAUAUUGAAUAUCAGGUACCAACUUCUAGUCAAAGAGAUCAAGAUGAAGAAGGUGAAGAUGGUUGUGUAGUCGUUGAUUGUGAUGAAAGUGGAACUCAUCAAACUCAAGAAGAAGAAGAAUUUGAUAAUGAUCCAUAUGAAGAAAUGGAAGAAGAAGAAUUAGCUUAUGGAGUGGAAGUAGACAAUAAUGAAGUAGAAAUUAUAAUGGAAGAAGAUUCAAGGAGCGUGGAAGUUCCUAGACAAGUUCAGUCAGGACUACCAACAAACCAGCAACAGUCAGAAACAAUAAGUAGUGCUGGAACAACUGCAGAGCCUUCUACUUUUAUAUCUAGAUCAAGAGGUGUCCCUCCUAUGCCGAGACCACAGCCUCAACAGCAUUUACUUUUGCCACAGCAAGGGUAUGAAGAUGCAGGAGAUGAUUGCAUAGUUCCUAGUACGCCAACACUCUUUGUGCCAAGAAGAAAUGAUGGGUUUGGUGAAGCUGUUAGUUCCCCGCAAGUACCUCAAGCAAGAUUUACUUUUGGUGAUCCUUCUACUUCUGCAUCAGUGUCAUCCGUACAAUCCCUUUCUACACCAACGAUUACAGGAACGCGUUCAAUUUACAAUGCUACGGGUUCUGCAUUAGUACAAGUUAUGCAAGAAGGUAUGGACGACACUCGUGUUGAUCUCACACAACUAGAAGACGAUGGUACAGGACGUAGUGUACCAACUACUCCACAACAAGUGUCUCCGUGCACAGAUCAACCACGACCGGUUAUUAGUGGACCACUUGAUGAACAGAAUAUUUUAACACCAUCUUUGUCUGAAUCGCAAAUACAUAUAGCAGAAAGUGCUGUUGAAGUAGCUGAAUCGGUUGUUGGAAUCGUGCAAAUGGAUGAAUCUGAAAGAAAUCUAGUUGAAAUUAUUCCUGAUUCAGAAAACCCACUAAUCACAGAAGCUAAUCAACUAGAUGAUGAUCAAAGACUGCAUAACAUUGUUCCCGGAUCAGCUACUGGAGGAGAGAUGAUCGAUGUUGAGUUAGAAACUCCUGAAGAUGCGUCGAACGAUACCCUUGAUCAUGCUACUAAUGAAGAAAACCGAGAAGCUGAAGCUUCUCCAUCAAGUAAUACGAGACAAAAAACGAUGGGUUUAGCUGCGACAGAAUCAGGUAGUUCAGCACCAACAGUUCGAAGCGCAACUGCCAGAAGGUCCGGUAGAACGUCUUUUAGAACUGCACGCGGCGCAAGACCAACACCAAUAGUUUGGGAUAAUCAGUCCUCUCUUCGUGGUCAAAAUGUAGUAAGAGGUCAUGGAACAAGAGGAACGUCUAAUGACAAUGCACGAGUGCGUGGUGGAAGAGGACGCCGAUCACGCUCAAAAUAUUCUUAUAAUUAUUAAUGUAUUUUUUAUCAAUAGCAAAAUAUUAAGAAUUAAAAAAAAA